AUGGAGGCAUUAGCACAGGUGCUUUCAUGUUCGGUGUGCUUAGAGUUGUUCACUCCCCCUGUGCUGGUCCUAUCCUGCGCUCACAAUUUCUGCAAGAAGUGCCUGGAGAAGAUCCUCAUCAGCCAGAACUGUAGCCAUGUCAAUGGACAGUUCUCCUGCCCAAUGUGCAGAAAAAUCAUACCCUUGAGAGGGAGAGGAAUCGUUGGCUUGCCAAGAAAUAUUCUGGUGGAGAGUAUCUUGGAAAAAUAUAAGUAUGAGCUUGAAAAUGUGCAUGCCAAAGAACAAGACCAAUUGUCCCAAAUAUGUGAAGAACAUGGAGAGCGUAUGAAUUUGGUAUGCCUGACUGAUGAUAAGCCGAUAUGCGCCAUCUGCAAACUCUUUGGAGAGCAUGAGUCCCACAAUGUAGCAAAACUAUCUGAAGUUUACUCAGAGAGGAAAAAGAGAUUGAUCAAAGAUUUAGAUUGGGAAAUUGAAAUGCUGAUCAAUGAACUUACAGAUACUGCUGCAGAAGUCAAGGUUGUUAUAGAUUCCACUGGAGCAGGCUUACUGAAAGGGAUCCGACGGAGAAUGACUGAACUCAAAGCAAUAUUAGGCAAAGAAUAUUCUAUGAAAGUAGAAAAUCUUCAGCAGCUGGCAAAUGAGCUUGAAGUCCCAAGAAACCUUUAUCACCAAAUGAAAACUCUCCUGGAACAGCAUUCAAAUUCAGUGCAUUUUCUCCAAGAGGAUAAAAUACUCAGAAGCAAGAUAGAGAAACUUGCAAAAGGAAAUUCCUUAUACCCUAACAAAAAAGAUUAUCAGAUUUCCGUUGGGCAAUAUUUUAAAGAUUUGAUCAAAGCCACCCAUAUCAACAACUAUGUCUCCUCUAAUUCCAGUGAAACACCUGCAAGGUCAGAUGAGCUCCCUGACGUGUUCAGGCCAGAAUGUCCCACAUUUUCUUUUUCUGAUGAAAUGUCUAACGAGUCCUUCUAUGAAAAAUUGAUGGAUUUUUUCCAAAAAGCAAACGAAACGAAGCAAGAUCCUAAUCAAAAUGUCUCCCAUAGGGAUAACAAUAGUACACCAAAUAAGAAGGACAUCUAA